AUGAUGUCACUCGAUCCUUUCAGCGAAUCUUUCAUCCUCUGCAUAAUCAACAGCGGCAAAUUGCCUCGGGAUCUCUGGCCCUGGGUCAUCGGUGGAGCAGCGAAUAUUGCUAAUCGCUCUCCUACCGCCGCGCUCGGGUGGAAAACGCCAUACGAGAAGCUCUCGGGAAAGAAGCCCGAUCUCUCGGCCUUCCUUACAAUCGGCUGCGUUGCCUACACAAGGCAGGAGCAACAGAAAAGCGACAAAAUGGUUCCUCGCGCGUAUAAAGGUAUCCUCCUCGGCUAUGUCGCCUCAAACAUCUGGCAUAUAUGGAACCCCAGAAAACAACGUGUUGAAGAGGCAAGAGACGUGCAAUUCGACGAGACGAGAAUGUACGAUCCUAAACAACCGUUUCUUGAAGAUUUGAUCAGCGAGAGAUCCCUAGAGCCUCCUACCAAGGUGCUAGACUUACCAAGCGAGAAAGGAAUCUUCCGUGAAGAGGAGCCUGACGAUAUUAGAGAAAUCGAGGCCCCGAGAAAUGAAGGAAAAACUCAGGAAUUAAGCGAGGCCUCGCACAAUGAAAACGUUGAAAUUUCAAACACGCAGGAAAAUGAGAGAUUGAUCGAAACCGCCGCGCAGGAAUAUGAUCACUGCGGGCAACCAACCGCGUGGCCAACACCUGAAUCAACUCCAGAACCUCAUAUCUUGAACCGAGGCCACUCCGAGGCCAUUCCUGGGGGUUUCCCUGAAGAUCCACCGCUUGAAGAACCCGCUGCAACUCCGCAUGAUGAAGUCGCCUCUCGAAUGCUCGAAGAUUCGCUUCAGAACUCGAUCUUUGAAGAAGAGGAAAUACGGACUUCCUCAGCACCUCCAACUGCUCAACACCACGAUUCCGCGCUACAAGAAGAUCAUGAUUCGACGCCCUCAUCAAGAUCAGGGGUGGGACGAGGCGGAAGACGUGGCCGAGGCAGAGGAAGAGGCCCUACCGAUGACGGCGCUCGUGAAGAAAACAUCUUGCAAGGAAGACGCGUACGGCAGCCACGGAAGGAUAUGAAGGAAUAA